AUGAGAAAUUAUACAACAGUAACAACUUUCAUUCUGCUGGGUAUGACAGAUGACCCAAGAUUACAAAUUGUGCUUUUGAUAUUUUUGCUUAUCACCUACUUUUUGAGUGUGAGUGGAAACCUGACAAUUAUCACUCUCACUCUUUUGGAUCCUCAUCUUAAAACUCCCAUGUACUUUUUUCUCCGAAAUUUCUCUUUCUUAGAGGUCUCAUUCACCACCGUCUGUAUUCCCAAAUUCCUGUACAGCCUAACAACUGGAGAUAAAUCAAUUACCUAUAAUGCUUGUGCUACUCAAAUAUUCUUUGGUGUCCUCUUUGGAGCAACAGAAUUUUUUCUCCUUGCUGCCAUGUCCUAUGAUCGUUACGUAGCCAUCUGUAAGCCCCUGCAUUACAUGACCAUCAUGAACAACAAAGUGUGCACUAGUCUUAUUCUCUGCUGCUGGGUUGCUGGCUUGUUGAUAGUCCUCCCACCUCUUAGCAUGGGUCUCCAGCUGGAAUUCUGUGACUCAAAUAUCAUUGAUAGUUUUGGCUGUGAUACAUAUCCUAUCUUACUGAUAUCAUGCUCAGAUAUAGUUCUUAUAGAAAAAGUUAUUUUGGUGUUUGCAGUGCUAACAUUGAUUAUUACCCUACUGGGUGUGGUUCUCUCCUAUACAUACAUAAUCAGCACAAUUCUAAAAUUUCCUUCUGCCCAACAAAGAAAAAAAGCCUUUUCUACGUGUUCUUCUCAUAUGAUUGUGGUCUCUAUGACCUAUGGCAGCUGUAUCUUCGUGUACAUUAAACCCUCAGCAGAGGAGGGAGUUGCCCUUAACAAGGUGGUGGGUCUGCUCACUACUUCAGUGGCCCCCAUGCUUAAUCCAUUUAUUUAUACACUUCGAAACAAACAAGUUAAAGAAUCUUUCAAAGGCACAGUAAAAAGGAUGGUAUUUCUCACUAAUAAGUAA